AUGCGGGCAUACAGUGGUUCUGAUCCUCCGGUUUCAAUCGGGCCACUUGGGCAGUGCGAAACAAGCUUGCCAGGCCGAAGCCCAUCCCAGCCCAAACAUCAUCUCCUCUCAUUGUCUUCUUCCCAAGAGGACCUCAAAAGCUUAAGAAGCGCUCUGGCUCCUGCCUUUGUUGUACCGCCACACUGACUCUGGAGCAGUAACAACAGCUGAGUCACCGCACCAGCAGCCACCGCCUCCUUCCUCGCCCUCGACGAACCUCGGCACAUCGCCAUUAAGGCUCCCACCGCUCGCUCGCUCCCCUCCUCCUUUGCCGAAACCUGGAACACCCAUUUCACCAUUACUCUCACCACCCCAACCUUAACUCCUGCCUUCCUCCCAAUCUCCUCCCCCAUCAAAACCUCCAUAGCCGCCAACGCGCUGGAGGCAUUUCGUCGAUCAUCUGUCGACAAGUACUCGGCCAGUCCCUCCACCGCUCCUUCUUUAAUCGCAUCGAUACGGCUGCUUUCUACCGAUGUGCAUAUGCCCGCCAUGGCGGCGGCCGCGGCCCCCGACGCCUGCUCGUUGGUUCUGCCCUGCCUUAGCAUUCUGCUCUGCAUUAGCAACGAGACGAGAACCCGAAGAACAGGCCGGGAUCGGCCGAGAAGGUUGCAUAAUUCCUUCAUUGUUGUUGAAGUAGCAAUCGAUUCGAUUAGAAUGCACAAUAAAGUUUUCAUCUUUGAACUUCCUUGCUCGAAUAGAAUCACAAGGGAAGAAAAGGCGGCGCCUUGUUUCAGAACGUUGAGUUUCGCCGCUAGCGGCGUUUCGUAUGACAGAAGACUGGCUUUCAGGAUGGUUAAGGAGAGCGGGAGGAGCCAGCGGUCGAUGUAUUGGCGGAGAGUGUGGUUAGGAACGAGGGUGAAGUCUGCGAGUCUCUGCAUUGUGACGGGGCAGGUGGAGUUGCCGGCGGAGAUCCAUUUCUGGAUGCUUGACCGGUCGUAUGUUUGGCCGGUACUUAAAGUUACUGGAUCGGUGAAGAGAUCGAGGCUAAUGGGGCAUCUGAAGAGCAGCGGAAUGCUCAUUUGGUUCUCUUCAUCCAUGAUUGAUGGUUGGUCAUCAGAUACAGAGAUGACAGGAAAAAAGGAGUCGGUUUGAUGUCAGUGGCUGUACUGAUCAAUUCAAGAGAAAUAAUGGAAGAGGUUAUUAGAAAGUGAGGAGAUGGUGGAGAGAUGCAAGGUCAAAAGGGAAGGGAAGAGUGGCUGUUGAUGGGGGUUCAGUGUAACAGAGAAAUCAAAGUAAUGGUGGGUAGUUGUGGACUAAAAUCAGGCACAGAAAUUAUGGAUUUUUCUUGCAGUGAAGGCGCGGAGGAGUUCAUGCGAUGAGAGAAGAGCGGAGAAGAUGAAAGGGGUCUGUCUUUCUUAAACUGUAAAUCAUUUAAGUUCAGAAUUUCAUAACUCUCCUUCUCUGUCCCUCUGUGGAGUCUUUAUUACAAAGUUUGACUGCAUU